AUCCCUUCCCUCCCAAACAAAAGACUGAAUAAUUUGAAAAUAUAUAUUAAUUUUCUGAGAAGUGUGUGGUUAGUACUAACAUAAUAAUUGUAAUGGAGACAAUGCGUAAAUUCUUCCCAGCAAUCGCCGUCCUCCUACUUCUUGUUGUUGCCACUGAGGCGUUGGCGCCAGCGCAAUCAUCAGUCAGGCCGUGCGAGACGAAGAGCCUCCGAUUCGAGGGGUUUUGCAUGGUGGAAGAUAAUUGCGCAAACGUGUGUCGGACGGAGGGGUUCGUCGACGGCAGGUGCAGCACCUUCGUGCGAAACUGUAUCUGCAUCAAGCCAUGCUAAGGUUGUCCAUCAUUAUCUCAUGUGGUCACUUGGCAACUAAUUAAUUGACCAUGCAAACAAGGGUCUGCAUGGAGCUAUUAAUUUCUUUCUUUUUUUACUUUCUUUCUUUUCUUUUUUUUUUUGCAAGCAGAUGUACGAUUCUGCAUGCAUGGCAAAUUCAGCUAGAAUAAAACACCAGCUCGCUUAAUGCAUGGCGUUUUCUUGCUAGCUCGACUAAUUAAUUGUACAACAGAGUCAAGCAUGCAUAUGUGUUUCUCUCUGUUUUUUACUUACAUGUAUGUUGUUUUCCAUUGUAAGGAGAAGUCAUAACCAUUAAUUAUUGUCGGAUAUGUGGUUGUGUAAUAUUGGGUGUGUAUUUGUAUUAGUAUUUUGUUGUGAAUGUUUGGUAAUUGUUCAAUUAAUAUGAUUGAUUAAUUUUGAUAUAA